AUGCCGCAAUCAAUUCCUACCGCCAGCCACUUGCUGGACCUGUUCAGCCUCAAGGGCAAGGUCGUCAUCAUCACCGGCGCCUCCGGACCUCGGGGCAUGGGAAUUGAGGCAGCGCGGGGUUGUGCCGAGAUGGGCGCCGACGUUGCCAUCACCUACUCGUCGCGCAAGGAGGGAGCUGAGAAGAACAUUGCCGAGCUCUCCAAGGAGUAUGGCGUCAAGGUCAAGGCCUACAAGUGCCAGGUCAAUGAUUACGACCAGUGCGUCAAGCUCUGCUCCGAUGUCGUCGCAGAUUUUGGCAAGAUUGACGCCUUCAUCGCAAACGCUGGCGCGACAGCCAAUAGUGGCGUCAUCGAUGGCUCCAAAGAGGACUGGGACCAUGUUAUCCAGGUAGACCUCAAUGGCACCGCCUACUGCGCCAAAGCGGUCGGUCCCUACUUCAAGAAGCAGGGCUUCGGUUCUUUUGUUAUCACGGCCUCCAUGUCCGGCCACAUUGCCAACUUCCCCCAGGAGCAGACCUCAUACAAUGUCGCAAAGGCUGGCUGCAUCCACAUGGCCCGUUCGCUGGCGAACGAGUGGCGCGAUUUUGCCCGCGUGAACAGCAUCUCGCCCGGAUACAUCGACACCGGUCUAUCUGACUUCGUCGAGCAGAAGACGCAAGAUCUGUGGAAAUCAAUGAUUCCUAUGGGCCGAAACGGCGACGCCAAGGAGCUGAAGGGCGCGUACGUCUAUCUUGUCAGUGACGCCAGCAGCUACACUACCGGUGCGGAUCUGGUUAUUGAUGGUGGAUAUACCUGCCGGUAA